AUGCGGUUGGCCAUCAUUGGGCAGAGUGUCUUUGGCGCUGAAGUUUACAAACUACUUAAAGAACGUGGACAUGAAAUAGUGGGAGUUUUCACAAUUCCGGACAAGAACAAUCGGCCUGACCCUCUUGCUGCUGAGGCGCAAAAAGACGGUGUUCCUCUUUUCAAAGUGGCCCGGUGGAGAGCUAAUAAACAAAUUAUUCCGCAGUUGUUGGAAAAUUACAAGAGUGUCAACCCAGAAUUGAACGUAUUGGCGUUCUGCUCCCAGUUCAUUCCAAUGGACGUUAUCAAUUAUCCCGUUCAUCAUUCCAUUGUUUACCACCCGUCUUUGUUGCCUAAACAUCGAGGCGCUUCUGCCAUUAACUGGACUUUGAUAAACGGUGAUGACAAGGCUGGUCUGACAGUAUUUUGGGCUGACGACGGUCUUGACACUGGUCCCAUGUUGCUACAGAAAGAAUGCCCUGUUCUGCCAAACGACAGCGUAGAUUCACUCUACUCGCGAUUUCUUUUGCCAGAAGGAGUGAAGGCCAUGGCUGAGGCUGUUGAUCUUAUCGCGAACAAUCGAGCUCCGCACAUCAUUCAAACAGAUGAAGGGGCUUCUUAUGAUCCUCAUAUUUCUGCCAAACCAGAACUAGCUGAAAUCAACUGGGAUCAACCCGCCCAUGUUAUACAUAACUUCAUUCGAGGCUGUGAUAAGGUACCCGGUGCAUGGUCGUCUUUCGGUGAAAAGAAGGUUGCAUUCUAUGGAAGUGAAUUGUGGAAUAACGAUGUUCCUGAAAAUUUGAACGUCAUCGACGAUGCUCCUGUUUUUGCUGGAACUCACGCUUCAGGGAUGCUGCUGAAAGGAAACGACAAUAAAUACGUAAACGUUCAUUUUGUUUCCUCUGAGGAUACCGGGAUGAUACCCGCAUCGAGGUAUGGCCAGAUGGGUGAUGCGAACGACGUUGUUCUGGACUUUAACGAAAACGAGCUUGUUCUCAAAACUGCGAUAACGAAUUCGUGGAAGAACAUACUUAAUACUGAAAACUUCACGCCAGACACAGACUUUUUCAAGUCCGGCGCCGGAUCGCUUGACGUAACAAGAUUAUUGGAAGAACUUCAUCAUAUGUGUGGCGUUGAACUGGAACCUGAAAUCGUUUAUCUCAAUCCAAAGUUCGGCCAGUUCGUCAACGCUGUCAUUCUGAAGAUGCGCGAUCAAAGCAGUGAUCAGAAGAUGGCUGCCAUCGAUUUGGUGAAACUCACAGCCAACGGAAUGGAGGUCAGUUUUCCCCAUCAGUUAUUCAUCGACGGUCAGUUCGUCGACAGCGUCUCUGGUGAAACCUACGAAACGAUCAAUCCAGCCAAUGAAUCUGUGAUAUGCUCAGUCUCUAAAGCAGGAAUUGCUGACGUUAAUGCCGCCGUCGAAGCUGCGAAGAAAGCUUUUGAAGCCGGCUCGUGGUCGAACAUGAGUGCCAGCGAUAGAGGUCGCAUUCUUUAUCGACUCGCCGAUGUACUAGAAGAACAUAAAGAGGAAUUAGCGACGAUCGAAUCUAUUGACUCUGGAGCAGUGUACACAUUGGCUUUAAAGACUCAUAUCGGCAUGUCGAUUAACACGUGGCGGUAUUUUGCGGGAUGGUGCGAUAAAAUUCAAGGAUCCACUAUACCGAUCAGCAGUGCUCGACCAAAUAAAAAUUUAACUUUUACCAAGAAAGAACCAAUAGGGUAA